ACUCACUGCUUUUACUUCUUUGGAUCGUGCUGUUCAAGGAUCUCGGUUCCCUCCUCUCACCAUGAAGAGUUUUGCUCUCCUUUUCCUAGUUGUGAUCUGUGGCAUGGGAGGACUGGGACAGAAGCUGAAGCCAAAGAAAAGAAGCAACGGUGAAGAAAUCAAAUUUCGGACUAAAACCAAAGAUGUUUGCACAAUAACCACGAGUGGCGAUGUCGAGGAGAUGAAACUUAGAAUUGAAUGCAAAAGCCAAGGCUUGUCCUACUGGUGUGAAUUCAGUGGCAAGCCAUCAGUCUGUCGUGCUUUCAGAAAUAACCCAAAGAUUUACUGGAAUCAGAUCGCAGCAGAGCUCAGAAAGGUCCCGCAUGCUUGCGAACCCAUGGAAGUGUUGAAGACCACCAUGUGCCAAAAGGCUCCCCCAGAGGCUCUCAUGAGGCAAAUAGCUGCUGGUAUGGAGCCAGAAGAGAUAGCAGACCAGGAAAAAUCAGUCCAGAAAGCCUCCAUUCCUAUGAGAGCAGCAGGGCAAAACUCUGACCCAGCCCAGCGUGGUCAAGGGUCUGAAAUUGAAACAGAAGCAAUGAAGCUGGCACGGGAACACUGCUGGGAAUCUCUGCAUGGUGUCUGCUCCUACAUCAUUGGCAUCCUUAGGGGCUAAGGGUUUACUUCAGAGCAGUGGUAUUACAGCUGAAGAAGGGUCCUUGCUGCAUUGUAAUAAUUUAGGCAUAAGAAUUUUGGUUAAAAUCAGUGAUUUCUAUAAAUCUCCUAGCUGUUUCCUUUUUAGAGAAAAAAAUGAAACUUUUUAACAGCUCUGAAAAAUUCACAAAACUGGAGUGACUGUGCUUAAAGUGUAAGGAUGAACUAACUGCCCUUUGGUUUGUGACACACCUGAGUGUGAUGCAUUUAUGUAACCUAGGAUCUGCUUGACCUUGUGUAUGUUUUUGUGUGCAUUGACUUGCUUCAGUUUGUUAGAGAUGAAAGCUGUUAAUGAUGAUACACUUAGUGCAAACAAUAAA